CUGUACACGUGAGCGCACCCGUGCCCGCCUUUCUAGCCACGUGACUCCCGGCUCCGCGCUUGCUCCACUACAGCCUUCCUAUCCCUUACUGCCAGAAUCCGGCGUUAUGGCUGCCGCCGUUCCCCGCGCCGCUUCUCUCUCCCAAUUGUUUCCCCUUCUCCUGUUCCUCCUGCUCCUCUCUGCUCCGCAAGGAGGCAGCGGCCUGCACACCAAGGGCGCCCUUCCCCUGGAUACAAUCACUUUCUACAAGGUCAUUCCCAAAAGCAAGUUCGUCUUGGUGAAGUUUGACACCCAGUACCCGUACGGUGAGAAGCAGGAUGAGUUCAAGCGUCUGGCUGAAAACUCGGCUUCCAGCGAUGAUCUCUUGGUGGCAGAGGUGGGGAUCUCAGAUUAUGGUGACAAGCUGAAUAUGGAGCUGAGUGAGAAAUACAAGCUGGACAAGGAGAACUACCCAGUCUUCUACCUCUUCCGGGAUGGGGACUUUGAGAACCCAGUCCUAUAUAGUGGGGCAGUUAAGGUUGGAGCCAUCCAGCGCUGGCUAAAGGGACAUGGGGUUUACCUAGGUAUGCCUGGUUGCCUGCCUGCAUAUGACACCCUUGCUGGAGAGUUCAUCAGGGCCUCUGGUAUGGAGGCCCGCCAGGCCCUCUUGAAGCAGGGGCAGGACAACCUUGCAAGUGUGAAGGAGGCUGAGAAGAAGUGGGCUGAGCAAUACCUUAAGAUCAUGGGAAAGAUCUUAGACCAAGGUGAGGACUUCCCAGCCUCAGAGAUGACCCGGAUCACCAAGCUGAUUGAGAAGAACAAGAUGAGCGAUGGGAAGAAGGAAGAGCUCCAGAAGAGCCUAAACAUUUUGACUGCCUUCCAGAAGAAGGGGGCCGAGAAGCAGGAGCUAUGAAGAGGCACUCCAGGGUUUUCAAGGGUUUGGUGGGGUGGGGAGGGGUAAGCUACCUGCUGGCUGUGAGACCCUCCUGGGAUAUAAGGGAGUGGUAGGAAAAGUGGCACUAAACCAGAAAUCUGAGUAUGCCCAGAUAUUGAUGCUGGUGUGACUAUGCUUGGAACAUCGCUGUAACCAGUCUGGUAUAGCUGGUACAUUUACUCAGAUGGCUUGUGAAAUUCCCCCUCAGAAGGAACUGGUGCUAUAAAGAAGAGUGUACUGCCCAGGUUUUUGAUAGAUAUAAUUCUGAUUCAAUUAAAGUUUCUGUGUUUUGGUUAAAAGGACCUGAAGCCAUUCAGUUUUCUUUUACAAAUUAUACUUUGGCCUAUGACCUGCUUUCUCCUUUGAAUUUAUUUUUUAAUCUAAGGUGGUGUGGACUCUGCUCUACCGGGGUAACAGACUACCAAUAACUGCUUUUCUCAUACAGAAAAUAGUACAUUACCCGGGACCCACUUUUACUAAGACAUAUGGAAGCGGAGGUUGCAAAACUCUGUUCCCCAAGCAUAAACUACUAUAGGUACCCCACAAAUAAUUUUUAUAAGCAUUUGGCUCAUGGUUGCUUAGCCUCCACUUGUUACUAUGAAACACAUGUCUGCAUUGAGGCAGUGACAGCAUCUCAAAAACAGGGAACAUGAAAAAGUAUAAACCUGAGCCCACCUUUUGGGGAAAGUCAAAAAUGGCAGUGAGGUAUAUCCAAGUGCCCACUUUUUGUUAAAGGAAAAAAAGAAUGUUGGGGUGGAGUUAAUUCAUAACUGAAGAAGCAGGCAAGAACUUUUUCAGGGCUCAAAUAAGGGCAUUUAGUAUCAUAGGACAGAAAGGAAACUAGGAGGAAAAACAAACAGCUCCUCUUUCUAUUGUGUGUGUGUCUGAAUAAAUGAUCUCAGCCUAUGGGUUCAUAUACCCUUGGAUAAAUCAUGUCAUCCGCCUGCCUGAAAUCCUCCAGUAACUUCCCACUAAAUUUAGAAAUCUCAUUUCUUCCCCUGGCUACAAAAUCCUGAUUGCUCUAAUCCCCACUCCACCUUCUAUCUCAAUCUGUACCCCUUUUCCGCUCCUUUCAUUAAGUCCCAGGCACUUGAGUCUUUUUUUUACAGUCUCUGGAACAUGCUCAGCAGUUUCCUGCCUUGGGGCCUUUGACUUGCAUUCGCUUUUCAAUAGCUGACUCUUCAUCAUUCAGGUCAGAUGGCACCACUCAAGAGGUCCUCUUGUGACCCCACGUAUCACAUACCCUGACAUAUUUUAUUAAUCAGGACUUAAUUACAAACUAAUAUUUAUUUUUAUUGUCUCUUCCCCCACUUCAGCCACUAACUAGGAUAUACAGUUCAUUUACCAUUAUAUCAGCAGAGCCUAACACGGAAUCUGGCACGUAGUAAAUAAGUGCUCAACACAUAAAUGUUGAAUUAAUGAAUGCGAGCACGCAAGGUACUUUAAACAAAAUAACUAGUGGCCCUGGAAUAAUUUUAAAUUCACAAAUAUUACCUUCUUGCUGAGGAAUAUAACAAUACAAAAUUGAGAUGACUUACACCAUUUAAAAGGUUGUGGCUUCUAGGAAUCUGAACAAAAAUGAACCAGGCAGAAAUGCCAACUUAAGAUGAAAGUGUUUAAAUAAAUUAACCCAUCCAUUUUAAAUAGAUUUGCUAUGCUUCACUUAAUUCUGAAGAAGGAAGAAUAUAUACUUCCCAUAUUAAUAAAUCACAGCAAAAAAGUAGGAAGAGUUUCAAUAACAAGGCUGUAGAUACAUUGAAACCCCUUUUUAUAUUAAAAGUUAGAAUGAAAGACAAAUCCAGAUUGAACAUAGUGACUGCAAAAUAUAAUGCAAUUUUGAACAAUUAAAAUUAUGAAAAUAUACAAAAUUGAUGGGCAACACAGCUAGGCAUUUGUACAUUUUCCAUUAUGUGGAGAACACUAAAAAGUUCUCUACCUUUUAUCCACAUCAGAUAAAUGAUUUAAACCAAAUGUUUGCUUUGGAGAGUCUUAGGAUCUCAGUAGUAUAAAAAGCAGUAAUUUUUCAGUCUGUAAACAGUAGUCGUGUUUUUUCUCCUUUUCUUUUUUUUAAAUAUCAGUUUUCCACACAAAAACAAAAUAAAACAAAAAACCCACACAAACUAAAAACAGCAGCAGCAGCAAUGAGUUAUUUGGGAAUUCUCUUCAAAUACCAAUUACAUACAAUUGCUGGAGAGGGUGCUUUUUACUCAUGUAAGAAUA